GAAGAUCUGAUAACAGCCUGUUUUUAUCUGAUAUUACACUACUGCGCGUUUAAAGUUUAGACCAGCCAUCCUUCACACCACCACCACUAACACCACCACCAUCACCACUCAGACUUCAUGGUGCGGGAUCUGGUGGAGAGGUGUUCCUGCCCGUCACAGUUCCCGAUGGUGAAGGUCUCCGAGGGCAAGUACCGCAUCGGCGACACCCGCGUCCUUAUCUUCGUCAGGAUCCUGAGGAACCACGUGAUGGUGCGAGUAGGCGGCGGCUGGGACACACUGGAGCAUUACCUGGACAAGCACGAUCCCUGCAGGUGCCGUCAAGGUCAUCGAACAGUGGCUGGGUCUCGGGUUGGCUUCAAGACUUCAACCAGCGGCCUGGAGCGACAGCUGAUGAGCGUCACUUAUGAAAGAUGCGAAGAAGGACAGCACCCAUCCUCACCCUCCGCAAGGCGUCGGUCUAGUGUUGGGACGCGUGGUGGGAUGAGACGCGACUCCCUGGAUGGCCGGUCAUCUCUGCGGCAGCGCUCACAGUCCCCUGCCAGUCAAGACCCAAGUGGCAUAUCUCGCCUGUCUCCUGGAAAGUUCCACCAUGGAAAGCCUGGCCUGCGUGAUGAGCACACCAGCUGGCGAGAUGAUUCCUCUGAAGUGAGUGAUGAAGGUUACAAGAGCCAAGGGAACACUGCUUGCCACUCCCUGCCCAGAAGCCGUAAGCCAACCAUCAGGAAGAGCCUUGAGAUGGACACUAUUGACAUGCUUGAGCGCCCCGAGUCAUCUAUGACCCAGAUGUCUUCAGAAGGCUCCUCCAUGUCCACAGAGGACUCAGUCAACACACCACCACGCUCCCCAACCAGUGCCUCCACCAAUCCCCCUCACUACCCACUCUCAGAUGCCACCAAUACUUGGUCACCUCCACAGACCAAGCACACUCCCAGUAGUGUUCCCAAAUCAAAGCUACCUUAUGCAGAUCCCAUAAAAGGUCCCUUCAUGGGCAGCAAAAAAUGUAAGAAAACUUCACUUCCCGAGGAUACAUCUCCUGCAAAACCAGCAUGGAAUUCUGGUCCUGGCCUGAGACGUAGUAGUGAAGACCGGGGAAGUAGAGUGAUCAGUCGUAGCCGGAGUGCAACAAGUGAAGGAGGUCUCAAGAUGCUGGGUCGAGAGUCCCCCACUCGUCAGUCCACUCGGCCUUCAUCUCGGCGGCCCUCUGUGUCUGGUGCAUCCCAAGGUAAAAACACCUGGAAUGGCAGAGCAUCACGAGAGCGGCCAAGUCUCACAGCAGACACAUACAAGCCACCAACUACUCCUCGUACUGUUCGUUCAGCAUCAGCAUCUCCAGCUACAACACGACGGCAUAUUGGACACUCUGCUCCUGUCACUCCUCUGAACCGAUCUCCAAAGCGCUCAGCUCCUGGCUCCUCCCUGACCUCACCAGUUAACAGUGGACCAGUACUAAAACAGCUGGCAGACCUUGAGGCUGAUGAGAAUACACUCUUGUGUAUUAAAGAUAUUUAUAAUUCACUCAGGGCCAAGGUGUCAGAGAGCUUAGCAGCAGAGGGCAAGUCUCUGCCUCCAGAGCUUGACCAGGACUACACUAGCUCUUGGAUUAGUGCUCAUGUGCCUGGCAGUCAAAGCCAAAGUGUAAGCCCUAAGCUUCAUGUUAAUUAUGGUACUUCCACUGUUAGUCCAAGUAGUUCCCAUAAAGUCACCCCAAGGAAGGCUGGAGUGGGAUCACGCAUUCCUGCACCAACCUUUUUCAUGGCUCGACAGACAGAGAUAUAGCAUUGCAUCAAGAAAAGCUAAGAUUGUGGAGCUGGCAUAGUGGAUGCAAUCUCAUACCUGCAGAUAUAGGAAUAUAUAUAUAUUUGAUUGGUGUGUAAUGAGAAGACAAUGAAAUAGAUCCAGACUGUUCAUAAGACAGUACAUAGGUGUAAAUAUUAUGUGCAUACGUACAUUAUCUUGCAGGUAGGUAAUCACCAUUGCCACAAACACAAUGUUGCUAGAACAAUACCUACUCAAUGUGCCUCUGUAACCACACUAACAUGAAUGGUGCUCCUUACCUAACAUGUGAUAUGUUGCAAUUUAUAUUUCUGAUUUUAUAAAAGUGAGUACAUUCCGAUAUUUUUCAAUAUUUUAUAUCGGUUGUGUCAUAACACAAAUACUAGUCGAUUGUAGAAUAGAAGAAAAUUGAAUUUAUCAGAAUAUAAGAAAAUGUUUUCAUUGAAUUUGAUAUUAAUGUUGAUGCAUUUAAGUACAAUGGUAUAAAGCUUUACAGCCUUGUUUAGCCUUGAAUUUUGAUGAACUUCAACAAGACAGACUCAUAAAUGUCUUUUAGGAAGGCUUGUGUAUCUGUCAAGCCAAAACCUCAUCUCAAAUUAAAUGAAACUCACAUUGAACUGCAUACUAUUUUAAUUUGAUAUAAUUGGAUAUUCCCAUUGUUUAGCUGCACUGUUAUUAGAACAGUAGAUAUAUUUCAGUAUGCCUUUUUACUCAUUAAGAGAAUUUAUUUACUGGAUGAGUUGUUAUAAAUGUUUGUUGUAAACACUGAAAGAAAGAGUGUUCAACAGCACUCUGAAAACUGCUGCUCACUAUAGCCUGGAAAACUUAAGUAUGCAUAGUAAGAAUGUUUAUGAAUAUCAUUUUGAUAUUGUUUAUUGAUUCUUGGCUUCUGUGAAAAAUUGAUACAUUAAAUAAAUGAAUUAUAUAUAGAUGAAAACAGAUAUGCAUAUAUUUGUAUAUGUAUCUAAAGAAAAAAAGUAGAAUGCAAAAGUGGGCAUUUUGUAACAAGUUAUUAUUUAAGUGUAACUGAUGUAUAAUUACACUCCGGUAAUUUUUUAAGUUUUAUCAUCGUGCUUUAUGAUAAUGACAAUUAUGUUUGUGACAAUUGGUUACCCAGAUCUCCAUUAACUUGUUAACCUAUAUGAUUAAAAAAGGAGAGAGAGAGAGGAAGAGACUUACAUUUUAAUGUUGCAAUAUUUUUGGAUGCAAGCAGUGCAAAGCAGAGGAUUUCCUGUUAUUUAAAUAUGCUUUAUUCACUCGCAUUCACUUACACAUGUAUAUGAUAAAAAUCCUGUUGGUCUGACAUACUUUGAGGAGGGAAAGAGUCACAGUGUUGUAUCAUAUAAACAGUUGUGCAUAUUAUGCACUGGCCUUGUUUUACACACAUCUCCAACCAGAACACAUAAUCAUGUGUAUCAGUAGAAGUCAAGCAGUAUGUAACUGACAUAGAUAUAACACCUCUUGCCCUUAUAAUGUUAGAAAGGAUAUUUAUAUUUCUUCCACUACUAGAUAGUGCACUAGGAACCAGAGGAAAGAAAAGAAAAGUAAUAUUUUUAGUUGAUUUUCAAUUACAUGGAAACAUACUUACUUAUCAGAGUUUCCCCACAUGCAUGGUUAUUGUAAAUAGUAUAAACCUCUGUCUCUCUCUCUGCCGUGAUCUGAGGUACAUGGCUCUCAACCUGGAAGUUCUGUUUGCAUCCACAACUAUCAUAUUACUCUUGUUAUUGUAACCUUCAUUAGGUGGUCUUUUUAAUUAGAAGACAUUAUAAUAUAGAAAAUGAAGGUUGUCUUCUAUUUUUAAGUUUAUAUUCUUAUAUUAAUGUCGAGAAUGAAGUAGUAUGUGCAGAUAAAAUGCUAGAUAACUUACUAAAAGAGGCAACAGAUCAACUUUAUGCAUACAGGGUAAUACCUUUAAUGAAAGGUGCCUCUAGGUUUGAUUACAAGAGAAGUAAAGCUUGAAUGCAUCAUGUUAGAGCUGUCCUCCAUCCAUAAGGUGCUGUUCUGUCCUGACUGACUGUAAGUCAUGAGCAGUGUGGUGGCCGAGGGAGAAGGCAAGAGUGUGCUUCAUGUGUAUUGCUCACACAGCUAGUGACUUUUGUUGGGCACUUGGGCACCUCAUGUUGUGUAUACUGGCAGGAUAGAAUACUGUAAAUCAUAUACUUUAUAUGUUCUGUUUCAUGCACUAUAAUAAUAAUAAUAACAAUAAUAAUAGAUGAUAAAAUGGAUUAAAACUUUAUAAACCAA